GGAAUGGGAUUGUGGGUAAAAGGAAGACCGAUGUUUACCAUGGCGACGGGGACGCUGCCGCUCGUUGUUAACAGACACAAAGUGCCUCUAACAUUAUUCCUUUUAAUAAACAGCGGACUACUGAACUGCCAGCAGUUUAUCGUGCCCUACAAAGCUCCUACAGAUUGUAGUGCGGAAGAAUUUUUCGAUAUCUCGAGUCUCUCGUGUGCGAGGUGCGGUCCAAACCAGCAACGGAGCACAACAGGACUGAGCUGCAUUUGCAUAACUGGGUACCAAACUCUCACUACUGAUAAGGGGUCCAUUACUUGUCAGCUGUGUCCCAGUGACAAGCCUGCAGUAACUACAGGCGGGUUUGAGUGUAUUCGCUGUCCGGGCAGUCUCACCGAUGAGGGGAACUGCAAGUGCCCACAAGGCAGUGUCCUGGUGGAGAGAGAUGUCAAUGGAAACCUUCUGGAUGAGGCCAGGUGUGAAACGUGUAAUCGAAAUGCCCCUGCUUUGGCUGUACCAAACAGCAGUGGAGACAGGUGUGAGAGAUGUCAGGCCACCUUCAUUAACACCUCCUGUGACUGUAACCCUCCUAAUGUCCUGGCAGGAGGAUUAUGUAUCCCUCCAGGCAGCCUCUCCACCAAUGUGAAUCCUAGUGUCAACUAUGCUCAGUUGAAGGUCAGCAUCCAGUCCGCCUGGUUCGUCAACAACCUGUACUCCUCGUCAGCAGCCUGCCUCGUCUUCUCCAACCUGACGGCAUGUCAGUCUCUAGGGAACAUGUGUGUCAUGAACAUGCACUCCUUCAGCGGCUUGUCCACAGAUGCCUGUGGUCUCUUUAACACCAUCUUUAGAUCCAGAGCUGCUUUGAGCUCAACUCAAGACAUUUCUUACUGGAGAAAUAAUCUCCCAUGGCUUUACUAUGGUGACGAACCAGGACUGGCCAGUCGAGUGCUUCAGACCGAUCCUGUUCCUAUUGGGUUCAGUUUCAGAGGAAGAAACAAGAACACUGACAUUAAGCUGCUUGCUGCUGUUUACAAUGUCAGAGGAGAGUUCCUCAGAUGGGAACCCGUAGGAGGAAGUAAUCUCCAGCUUUGUCCGGAUACAACAACCAAACAGGCUGCAGCCUUCAGCUUUGGAACCGCUUACCAACAAAGUUGUGAUCUCUCAGUAGCGAAGCUGUUGGAUACCCACCCAGAGCCGUUGUUCUAUGAUGUGUUUAUGGAUCUUGGUGGAGGAGAGAACAGUAAACUACUCCCUCUGCCUACACUAGUUUAUAACCAGCAAUACAAUGGACGCUUCAUCAACCAAGAGAGCAUGAAGAACUGGUACCUGUCUCGACGUAUGUUUCUUGUUGACACACUGAGUGGAAGAGAGAAGAGUAUGAGUUCCCCGCCUAAAAUCAUCCGUGUAGCCAGCAGUGUCAAAAUAAGGUUUCAGCUAGUUCCACGAACCCAGGAAGGACAGGUAUUCCCCCCUCUAAUGACUGUGACCUACAGAGAUGUUCCCAUCGAUACACAAGCUGUGUCUAUAACGUUUUCUGUGGAGUAUGAGAUGGAUCAGAACGAGGCUCGCGCUAAGACAGAUACUGCUCUAGGUGUGAUGGGUGGUGUGGCCGUGCUCUACUCUCUGCUGAAGACAGUCAGCUGGAAGAGGAGGAUUGCCUCUCCGCUAAUUGAUGUGGAGACUAUGCUGAAGUUUUUGUUGUUUUAUGCCGGAGAUCUGGCCAAUGUUUUCUUCGCCGUCACUGUGGGAACUGGACUUUACUGGCUCAUCUUUUACAAGGCCCAACAGUUUGUGUCAGUGCUGUUACCACUACCUGCUCAGGAGGAGCAGUUUGUGACAUACAUUGGUUGUGCCUUCGCUCUCAAGGCUAUCCAGUUUCUCCACAAGCUGAUCCUUCAGGUGUCAGUUGAUAUAUUCUUUAUUGACUGGGAGAGGCCACGAAGCAAAGCCAGCAGGCCUGUGCAAGCUACUGGUGAGCCAAAACGUGACCCCUCUCCAGUCAGCAUCUGGAGGACCUACUUUGUGGCCAAUGAAUGGAACGAGAUCCAGACCAUCCGCAAGAUCAGCCCAACUUUUCAGAUCAUGGCUGUGCUCUUCUUUCUUGAAGUGCUAGGAUUCUCUAACCUGGCCCUGAGGGACCCCUGGCCAACGUUAGAGCGCUCCGCACAGGUGUACACCCCUCCAUACAGCCUGAUGCUGCGCUACGGUCUUGCAGCCACGCUGUGGCUCUGCAUCGGAGUUCUACAGGUGAUUUUCUUCACUGUGUUUCAUGAGCACUUCGUGGAGGACAAAAUCCGUCAGUUUGUAGAUCUCUGCUCCAUCAGUAAUAUUUCUGUGCUGCUGUUAUCUCACCGUUGUUUUGGCUACUACAUUCAUGGGCGUUCAGUACAUGGGCAUGCAGAUACAAACAUGGAGGAAAUGAACAACAAUCUGAAAAGAGAGAGUGAGUCCCUGUGUGGCCAGAGAGGUCUACUUCCCAACACAGAGAUCCAGACCUUUCAGGUGUCUCUAACCAACCGUCUGCGGUCGCAGUAUGAGAGGAUACGGGAGCCGCUCAACAGGAGGAGCAGGCCAUCACGGCUGAUGGAUGCAUCUUCGGCUAACCAGUUUGAGCAGAACGCCAGAGCCUACCACACCAUGAACCAUUUCCUGGGAUCCAUUAUAGACCAUGCCCACUCUGACAUGGACUAUAUAGUGAAGGACAAGCUGAUGUUUGAGAGGGUCAUAGGGAUGGAGUUUCUUGAACCCAGUGAAAAAAGCAUCUUUUACAACGAUGAGGCCCACUCCUUCAGUGAUGUGCUGUUUUAUGGAAACGAGGCCACGUUGCUGAUCUUUGAUACUUUGUUCUUCUGUGUUGUCGACCUGGGAUCUCAGAGCUUUGUGCUUGCAGCUGUGCUUACAUACGUACAGCAAAUGAUAUUUCGCUUGAUACGUAACGCUCUCGGAAGGAGGAACCUCGUCAACAAGACUCUGGUGGACGAUAGAUUUCUGAUUUGAAAUGAUAGUAAUUGGUAGUGUCAGUGUUGUUUAGUGGCAUUUCUCUCAAACAUGUUUACUGUUCACAGCUUGUGCAGCUCUUUUUUUUGUACUUUUAUUUACAAAUACAGUAUUUUCACUGCUGUUCCAUAAUGUAAAUAUGCUAAUUUUUGUAAAGACUUUGUUUUUAUUGAUUAAAAUAUUUUGAUAUGUGUUUUGA